GCCCAAAAGGAUUGGCUCGUGGUCUAUAAAGGGUAUCAGCUCGAGAUUGAAAUCUUUUGUCAUUCUUUCUUGUCAUCCCUGUAUUGGAGCUUUCUCUUCAAAAAACGCGAGCACAUCAUUUCUCAGCUUGGUGCAGCAUUCGUGAUUCUGUGAUUGUGCUUUUAUCAAGUUAGGCAAAAUGAAGCAUGCAGGAUCUGUACACUUCUCACGGGCGAAUGUAAAUGUUAUUAUCUUCCUUUCGAUAAUGCUGAGUUUAAUAUCUGUUGGUGUUAGCUUGACGCCUCCAAGGAUACUGUUUGGUGGAUGGACACCUAUUCUGCCCGGUCACCCUUUCUACUUCGGUCCAGUAAGAAGGAGACACAAUGAGGAAUCGGAUUAUCAGAAUCAAAUCCAAUAUACAGAAAAUUUUCCCCAUGCAGUGCAGCACUUUCAUUCUCCAAAUGCCAACUAUGAAAAUGAUCAUAUUGGAAAGGAAUACGUUCUUUCUGAUAGUCAUAAGCAGUAUGUGCCAUCUCAUGGCAAGUACGAUUCUCCUCGUUGCCGACCUUCACAUGAACCUUUACAUUACGAAUCUCCUCAUGAACCUGUCAAUUACGAAGUUUCUCACGAUCCUUCACAUUAUGAAGCUCCACGUGAACCUCCACAUGAAUCUUCACAUUAUGAAGCUCCUCUUCAACCUUCACAUUAUGAAGAAGCUCCUCGUGAUCCGUCACAUUACGAAGCUCCUCAUGAAUCUUUGCAUUUCGAAACACCUCGUGAACCUUCACAUUAUGAAACUCAUGACGAGCGAUUGCAUCACGAACACCCUCGUAAUAAACCAUCGCAUGAGCCUCGUUUCAAGCAUUCCAAAGAUAUUUUUGCAUAUUAUCCUCCUCAAUCAAUAUAUGAUCAACCUCCUCAAAAUGAAAAUCUUGAUUAUAAACCAGUAUACGUGGAACAUCCUAGGAAACCUUUCGAAAUUUAUGAAGACCCCCAUCAAAAUAUUCCUUAUAUUCUUCCAAAUGGGAAAGAAAUCUCUAUUAAAGAUCUUAAUUUAAAUGAUUUCUCUUCUGUUCAACAUGGAAAUGGAAAGAAAUCUUUUAAAAUAACAUCCUUAGGGCAAAUUGAUCCGAGAGCAGUGAAAUAUCUUGGUGAAAUAAAUAUAAAUAAAGUGAAAGUGAUUCCGAAACCUUUUAAUAAGGAAGGAUACCAUUUAUCACAUAUAACCUCUGGUAAAAGUAACAUUCCAAGCAAUGACGCACUGCUACGUGUUCCUCUAUUACACGGUGAGAAAAGCAUACCCAAUUUCGAGUCAAAUUACAAUUUAGCCAAUCUUGAUAUUAAAUCUGGAAAAGGACACUUACCUUACACGAUAGAGCAACCUUAUAUGGUCCACAAGCAUAUGAACAAUUUUAGAGGGACUCCUUUUCCUCCUGCACACAGUAAUAUAGUGCCAAACAGUCACAAAAAUACGUAUUCGGACCAGAAACCUCGCUUGCUUAAUUACCCAUCACCGCAAGAACUAAAAUCCUUACAACAUAGCACAUCCACUAAUCUCCUAAAUCAAAAUGGUUAUAAGAGUCAGAAAUUUGCUGCUUUUCCUACUUCUUCUCUAGAUUUAUACACCCCAAAUCACGAGUUAUUUUCUGACGUUCAGUAUCUGACUGAAUCGAUUCCCUCCAAAGAGACUAAAACCAAUUUCUUUUCACCCAAAAACAUAGGUAAGAACUUGGCUAAUCAAAUGAAGAAUUACUUAGGCCCUAAAGGGAAACCUUAUGGAUCAGUUCAGUCAUUUAAUUCAUUAGGAACUCCAAAAACGUUGUUAUUUCCAGGAAAACUUCCAUUUAACAUGCCUUUGGCUCCUCUAAGAAAUUCACUGAAAACGUUCGGAGGUUCUCUAAUGCCAAGCUUACUUAGAAACCAUCUAAAUAAAAAUGUUAAACUUGGUGGUAUUUAUCGUGAUCCUAGUGUAAUAACAAACAUUGGUGGAACGCCUGCAGUUGUAGACAGAGAAGUGGCAAUAAUACAUGUUCCAGUUUCUAAUCAGCCAAAGUAUUUAAACAAUAUGAAAGGAUAUCCAAAUAACGAAGAUAUAUUGUUUCUAGCGAGCACACCAGAAUCAACUGAAAUCCGAAAUUUUAAAGGCUUUAAUAAAACCGGACAUUACAUCUCUACAGAGCGAAAUCAAGGUAAGUUUGUCACCAAUAAAACUUACUCAGAGAACUUGCAAGAAACGGAUAUCAAAUCUGAAAUGAAUAGCUAUCCGAAUGUUAAUGAGGCUAUUACACAAAACCAGUUCAUUUUUGUGGGAACUCAAGGCAUAAACAACCAAGUUAGACAAAAUAUUCCCGGAGAAGAAAAUCAGAAGCAAUUUUUCCAUGCUUAUUACGCUCCUGCUGAUCAUGUACCACCCAAAGGUUAUGUGAAGAUGACAACAGAAGAAUUUAAUAAGCUAUUUAAACAUGCUGAGAUACGUUACCUUGAUAAGGAACCCAUUGAUAUUUUACAAUAUCCUAAUGACAGAAAUAGGGAAAAUACGAAUCCGUAAGAAAUACUUCUUUUACGAGAUAUUCUUUAUGCAAUCAGUAUUUGAAAUUUGCUCAAGACUAAUUUCGCAUAUUAGACCUUAUUUGCUCAACUGUUACUUCUAUGACAUUUAAAAAUGAAGACACUUCGAUGACUAACUUCAAGGUUUACAACUGUGGCUUGCCUUAUAUAUUUUAAUAUAAUAUAAAAAUGACAAGGAUCUAUGUCUGUUACUUUUUCUAUUUGUCCAUUGCUUUUUGUUUAGUGAUAAAUACAUCAUCUCUUAUUGUUACCAAUUCUUUUAUUUCUUCUUAAGAAAACUAUUUGCUUUUUUAUUUGUUAUUUAUUUCGCAAUGUAAAGCGAAUAUCGUUGAAACUUUUUGUAUAUGUUGUAAAUAAACUGUCUAUACAUA